AGUAGUUGCAGCACGUGGGCUCAGUAGUUGUGGCUCGCGGGCUCUAGAGCACAGGCUCAGUAGUUGUGGCGCAUGGGCUUAGUUGCUCCGCGGCAUGUGGGAUCUUCCCAGACCAGGGCUCAAACCCGUGUCCUCUGCAUUGGCAGGCAGAUUCUUAACCACUGCGCGACCAGGGAAGUCCCUCAUGCUCCCUUUUAAAGCUGUCUUGAAAUUGCCUGUCUCCCAUGAGAAUAAAUGCUGAGAGUAGGCUCUGUUUGGUUUACUGUUGCAUCUCUAGCAGUACCUGGCACGUUUUAGAUAUUUAAAUACAUGUUGAAUGAAUGAAUGGACUGCUCUCCAUCAGCUUCUCAUAGACUCAGACUCCCCCUCUUUUCUUUCCCUGUUGUUCUACUUCCUUACAACCCCACCCCAUUCUGUCCUUCAUCUACCAGGCUCCAUUGCCCCUGAAGCAGUGAUCGUCAAACACAUGAGGACUGAUUCACAAGUCACAUUUACACUGACCACGCCAGCAGAGGGAAAUGCUUGGGUCAGUUGGACAACGACCAUGGGAAGAUAAACUGGAACCAGAGCAUGGAGCUGAAGCAAGGGCUUUAAUUUAAAGUCACAGAAGCACGUGUGCGGGCUGACAGUCCUCUCCACGGCCAUGAAGAAGACGGGGGCGGAACCCUUCCUUGUUUCCACUCCACCGAGUGGCCGCGUCCAUUCUGGGCCCGGUGGCCUGAUUUAAGGGGUAGGGAAAAGUGUCAGUUUUAGGGAUCUCAAAGGGUGGUGGCCCCAUGGCCCCGCUGGGAGGCGCCCCGCGGCUGGUGCUGCUGUUCAGCGGGAAGAGGAAAUCCGGGAAGGACUUCGUGACCGAGGCGCUGCAGAGCAGACUUGGAGCUGACGUGUGUGCUGUCCUCCGGCUCUCCGGUCCACUGAAGGAGCAGUAUGCUCAGGAGCACGGCUUAGACUUCCAGAGACUCCUGGAUGCCAGCACCUACAAGGAGUCCUUUCGGAGGGACAUGAUCCGCUGGGGGGAGGAGAAGCGCCAGGCCGACCCAGGCUUCUUCUGCAGGAAGAUCGUGGAGGCCGUCUCCCAGCCCGUAUGGCUGGUGAGUGACACACGGAGGGUGUCUGACAUCCAGUGGUUUCGGGAGGCCUAUGGGGCUGUGACACAGACGGUCCGCGUGGUGGCCACAGAGCAGAGCCGACAGCAGCGGGGCUGGGUGUUCACACCAGGGGUGGAUGAUGCUGAGUCAGAAUGUGGCCUGGACAACGUCGGGGCCUUCGAUUGGGUCAUUGAGAACCACGGAGAUGAGCAGCGCCUGGAGGAGCAGUUGGAGCACCUGAUAGAAUUUGUCCGCUCCAGACUUUAGCUGGCAGGUUCUAGGAGCGAGCGGGGGCUGCCAGGGUGAGGGUGGGCUCCCUGUGCCGAACAUGUGGUUGCUGAUGCUGGCCAAGGUUGGGGGAGCAGACAGAGGGCCUGGGUCAAGGUUUCUGGGGGCUGGUAGAUGUCAGACAAGUUAAGAAACCACCAGGGACCUCAUUUCUUCGUGGAAAGGACAGCCCUAUCUCUUUACAAGGAGACUUAAAGGGCAGAGGGGGGUGAGUUGGCUGUGCUUGAAGCAGAAGCAUUACCAUCUCCAUGGGUGCCAGACCUGUCAGCCUGUGGUGGCCUUGCUUCCCCGACUGGAUGCUUUCAGCCCCUUGUUCUCAGCAAGAGCCUGGGGCUCCCCAGUGUGGAUACUAAUAAACCUUCUUGGAGCACCUGCUCAGA